AUGUAUUACUGUAUGAAUUUGUCGGCUUCGGGCGACGGACAGGCCGUCCUAUUACGGGCUGUGGAACCGUUAGAAGGCAUGGAUACUAUGCAAACACUUAGGGCUAAGUCUCGCAAAGCAAAGUCUGAUAAACUGUUUGCCGACAAAAUGCUGGCCAACGGACCCUCUAAGAUGUGUAUGGCUUUCGAUAUCAAUAAGGAUAACAUCAAUAAAGUGGACAUCACUGACAGUGACUUAAUAUGGAUUGAAAGGGCAGAUACUGUUCCCGAAGAGAAUAUUGUGAGCACCGGUCGGGUCGGCAUUCCCAGGGCUCAGGAGUGGGCCAACAAACCGCUCAGGUUUUACAUCAAAAAUAAUCUCUUUAUCAGCCAAAAGUAA